AUGGACGUAAUUCAAAGACGACUAUUCGACAUUCAAAGAAUAGAGAAACAAAAUUUCAAAGCUAAACAAAAUAAAAAAUUCAAACGAGACCGUUUAAACCAACAAAGUUCCGUUUUUGAAGAAGAUCCAAUUUUAAACUUGUUAAAAGAGAGUAAAUCAAAACAACCGAGGAAAAGGCGUUUUAAAAAACAAAAACACGCAGUUCAAGAUAAGUUAGUUGUAAAUCUGUCAUCAAUAGAACUAACUACCUCUGAGGAAAAACUAUUGAGUAAAGGCCUUAAUUUUUGUCCAGCUCCAGCAACCGUCAACAAUUUACAACUUGAGACAGAUGUAGAAGCAUUUGCCAGGCGUCUCCGGUUGAAAGAACAUUUCAAUAGACAACAGAAGAAAAAUUUAAAAGAAGCCGGAAUGAAUGAAUCUGAUUAUGAGAGUGAUGAAGGAGACAUAUGCAUCCCAAAAUUUAAAAAGAAAAGUACAUGGAAUCCCCCUAAAAGCAAAAACGACAAUUUGGAAUCAUUCAUUACAUCAGUCAAAGCUGAGGUCAGAUCUUCAAUCAGUGGUAAACAAGUCAGAAAUAUUUCAAAGUCAGAAAGUCAAGCCAUGAUUAACUUAAAAGACCGUGACGAAAUUGUUAUCAAACAAGCUGACAAAGGAAGUGCCGUUGUAGUGAUGAACAAGGCAGACUACAUCGAAGAAGGAAAUCGUCAACUCUCAAACGCUAAAUUUUAUAAAGAACUAACAUGUGAUCCAACAAAAGAAAUCAACAAAAAAAUUAAUGACGCCCUCUCAGAAAUGAAUAAAGAUAAACAAAUUGAUGACGAUACGUACGAUUAUCUACGCCCAGACGAAACGUGCACAGCCGGUCGAUUCUACUUACUUCCAAAACUUCACAAAGAAGGGAUUCCAGGGAGACCUAUAGUAUCAGCUAAUGGCCAUCCCACCGAAAAAAUUUCUGAAUUUGUUGAUUACCAUCUCAGACCACAUGUUCAACAACUACCAUCUCAUAUUCAAGAUACGACUGACUAUUUGAAGAAAAUGAAUUCCUUAAGUCCUUUACCCAACAACACAAUUUUGGUUUCAAUGGAUGUGUGUUCUUUAUACACAAAUAUUCCAAAAGAUGAAGGAAUAGCCGCGUGUGAAAAAGUAUGGAAUACUCGAAAGGAUAAACAUCCCCAAACUGACUGUCUAGUUCAAUUGCUCAAGCUAGUUCUUGAAAAUAACAACUUUAUUUUCAACGACAAGCACUUUUUACAGAUUGACGGAACUAGUAUGGGAACAAAAAUGGCACCUUCUUUUGCCAACAUUUUUAUGGGGGAUCUCGAAGAACGCAUCCUUUUGAGUGUGCCAUACAAACCUUUGUCAUGGCUCCGUUUUAUUGAUGAUAUUGACAUGAAAUGGAACGAUACUGCAGAACAUUUGCAAGAUUUCUUAGAUCAUUGUAAUCAGUUCCAUCACUCAAUUAAAUUUACAUCUGAAUUUUCAAGCGAGAAAAUUGCUUUUCUCGACACCACCACAUUUGUAAAAAACGGGAUCAUGACAACUGACCUCCACACAAAGAAAACUGAUAAACACCAGUUCCUUUCUCCAAAAAGUUGUCAUCCGAAACACUGCUCCAGGAGUAUACCUUACAGUCAAGCCAUCAGACUAAAGCGAAUUUGCUCCUCUGAAUCCAAACUUAACUAUCGUUUGGGACAACUAAAAACACAGCUGAAAUCAAGAGGAUAUAAAACCAAAAACAUCACAGACGCUUUUGAUAAAGCUAAAGAAAAAGAUCGAGCUAGCCUCAUGGAAUACAAAAAUAAGGCGACCCGUGCAGAUAGAAUUCCGUUUGUUGUAACAUUCCAUCCCGAUUUGACAAAUAUUUCAUCUUCUAUCCGAAAGCACUGGCGUCUAAUCGAAAAUGACUCGUCCUUAAAAGAAAUUUUUCCAUCACCUCCUCUUAUUGCCUAUCGCAGACCCAAAAAUCUCAAAGACAUACUUGUGACAUCAAAAGUAAAGAAACAAGAAACUUCAAAAUUUGGGUGUUACAAACAAUGCGGUAGAAGGAACUGUAAGUGCUGUAAAGCCGCCAACACUGACCACUCUUUCAGCAGCACGGUAACAAAGCAGCGAUACAACAUCUAUGUUACAUCUAAUUGCAAAACGGAAAAUAGUAUUUAUAUUCUUACUUGUGGAACUUGCAAGCUGCAGUAUGUUGGUGAAACAGAAACCACAUUUAAUAUCAGACUAAACAAUCAUCGGUCGUUUUAUACAAAAGGAAGAAACUGUCCAAUUACGAGACACCUCUUAAGAACAGGACAUACUUUUGAAAAUAUCACCUUUCAAAUAAUUGAGGUAAACCAAAAUUGGGACCCAGAAAUGAGAAAAAAGAGAGAAAGGUUCUGGAUGCAUCAGCUACGUACUCUUGAACCUGAUGGACUUAAUGAGAGGGAUGAAAAACAGUUCUACCCGAAAGCAAAGGAAUAA